CAAAAACAACAAUCUCAUUGCCUCAGCCUCAUACGCCAUCUCAACCAAAACAGCCAAAACAAACAAAAAAAACUGUGAGUGUUUCUGUGUGUGAGUGUGAGUAAAAGCUAGAGAUCAAGUAAGAUAUGGGAUUCUCUUCCGCAAAGGCCAAGCUCAAAGCUAUCAACAAGAACAACAACAACACCACUGGCAGUGGUAGCAAUAGCAGUAGCGAAAACUGGGGCAUGGGUUUACUUCUAGUAUUCUUUCCUGAAGAUAACAGUAGUACUACUAAUAAUAAUCACCCCACCAUUAAUGUCGAAAAAAACCACCUCUUUUCUUCUCCUAAUUCCUCAUCGCCAUCUUCUUCUUCUUCUUCUUUGAAAUCCAAAAGCCUUAGAAGAAAUGGUUCUAAUUUCAUUCUCUCUAGAGCUCAAUCCACUAUUUCAAUUUGUGCUCUUUUUCUCUUCAUCACGCUCCUCCUCUUCACUCUCUCUACUUUUGAACCCUCUAUCACACCACACACUCCCAGCUCCCCAAGACGCUUCCUUUCCCAUAAACCCAUUUCCGAAUCCUCUUCUUUUGCUAAGAUAUCACACCCCAGAGCCAUAAAGACACCUCUUUUACAGCUUUCACCGACUGCGUUACAAGGAAUGGGAGCUCUUUAUAGAAGAGGCACUAGAGCUAUGAACGAUCUUGUUGUUGGUCAUGUACCUGAGGAUGUCACUGACAAUGAUCUCCGCUUGUUUUUAAGACUCUUACAUAGGUCUAGCCUCACUGCUAAAGCGGACUUAGUUCUCAUCUUUCCCAAUUCUACUUCUUUAUCGAGUUUUAGUCCCAUUUUUCAAGAAGAGAACGACUCGUUCUUCAAACUCGUUCACCAUUACAACAAUGAUUUGAAUAGUACUGCUAGUCCAAAGCGGGUCCUGGGUUUUGAUGUGACUCAGUUUAUGAGGCCUGGGAAGAAGGAAAUGGGGGAGUCUAUGUGGGGUAAGAGAGUUCAGAAAAGUAAUUCUAGUAUCAACUCGGAUGGUGGUGGGGAAGAAAUUGAGACUGAGUCGACUCGGUUGAGUUAUGGCUCAGUGGUCGGUUUUGAAUCGUCUGAGCUUGACCCGGAGAACUCGCUUGCUGGGUUUCUAGACCACGUUCCAAUGAGUUUGAGAAGAUGGGCUUGUUAUCCGAUGCUACUCGGCCGAGUUCGGAGGAAUUUCAAGCAUAUAAUGCUGGUGGACGUGAAGAGCUCGGUUUUACUCCGUGAUCCACUCGGCCGAGUCAGGAAUCAGAACCCCGUGUCGGUUUACUUAUCAACUAAACCAGGGAGUUCUAGCAAGCAUAAUAAGAAGAACUCGGACAAAACUCAGUCUCAUUUCCUAGUCAACUCAGCUGUGAUCAUGGGUGGAGCUCGAGGGGUUCGAAGGUUAUCAAAUUCAAUGUUAACCGAAAUUGUUCGAGCUGCCAUGCAACACAAGAAGAAGAACUCGGUCACCGAGUCGGAAAUUUUGAGUCAACUCAUUGCGAACGAGUUCUUAUUGAAGAACAUCAAUUUGGUAACGAACACUGAGUCAAUCCCAGAAACGAGUUCAUUGAUUCCUGGUCUAAACUCAGCUUCUGCCACGUCAUUGUCAGAUUACGCUAUAAUCCAACGUGGUAAUGGUAAUUAUGAUUUUAAUUCUUUGAUUAUGAAGUUAAUAUGUUCAUUUGAGGAAGAUUCUUCUGUUUAUAGGGAUUGUUAGACUUUAGUGGACCACUAAAAAGGAAAGAGAAUAGAAUUUAUAACUAUUAUAAAUUUUUGUUUUUGUUUUGUUUUUCAAUUAGUUUUGUUUUUACGUGUAUAUAAUAUUUGGGAAUAAAACUGUUGUAUUCUUCUAUGGA